CUGUCCGAGGAGACCACCGGCACACAGGCCCUGCAGCUCGUGCGGCUCCAGAAGGUCACCCGCUUCGCGCAGUUCCUUCGGCUGGUGCGCAUCUUCAGGGCCUUCCCCUACUUGGCACAGAGCCUGCUGUUCAAGCGCAUCCGGUCUCUGCGCGGCACGCGCAUCGUCAACUUCAUCGUGGUGCUUCUGUGGGUCGUGCACCUGGUCGCGUGCGGUUGGUACCUCGUCGCGUCGCUGCACGACGACCACCAGGAGACCUGGAUCGGUCGGCGCAUUGUGGACACCAGGGGGACCACGCUGUACGAGGCGAGCCCAGAAGAGCAGUGGCUCCACGCCAUGUACUUCGUGCUCGCCGUGUUCACCACGGUCGGCUUCGGGGACAUCGCGGCUGUCACGUCCGCGGAGGUCGCGUACGCGCUGCUCACCAUGAUGAUCGGCAUCGUCAUCAACAGCAUAAUCGUCGGGAAGAUGGUCACUGCGGUCACCCGAGUGGACCAGCAGGACAUCGAGCGCAGCAAGCAGAAGGACCUCGUCGAGCGUGGAGCUAGAGGAGCUCUCGCGGCCGCCGACGGCGCCCUCCUGGUGGAGGCGGCCGUCCGCGCCGCGGAGAAGAAGGCGCAGCAGGCUGCCUCCCCCGCCGCCUCGGCGGCGAAGGUGGCACGGCGGCGCCGACGGCGCCAACGCCUCGCGGAGGCGCGGCGCGCGGCGGGCGGCGGCGCAGCUGGAGCGGCGGGCGGCGGCGGGCGCGCCGUGCCCCCCGCGGAGGCUGCUGACGACAACGCCAUGGAGGAGGAGGAGGAGGAGGCCCUGUCGAUCGACGACUCCUGGGCUGAUGCGCCCGUCUGCCCGUCGGCGAGGCGGCGGAGGGCGCGGUCGGCCAGGGCUUCGGAGGCGGCGGAGGCGGCCUCGCGUGUGGCGGCGGCGGCGGCGGAACCAGUUCGUGUUGCUGGUGGAGCCGCUGACGCAGCUGCGGGAUCGGCAGCGGGUGCUGCUGGCCCUGUGGAGGCAGCGGAGGGCGUGAACGAGGCGGAGGCGGAGCCUGCUGCGGUUGGCGGAGCCGCCGCCGUCGUCCCCCUUGGCGAGCGCAGCGGCGAGCGGGCUGCCCUGCUCGCGAAGCUCGCGGCGUCUGGCAUGUUCAACCAGAGCCUGCUGUCCUCCAUCGAGUCCCUCAACAUCGUCGGGCUGCGCCACCUCGUGUCGCAGCUGCCGAACUGAGAGGGGCUGGCCUGCCUGGGCCCCACUGUCACCUUUUGGUUGGGCCUCUGCAAGGCAUGCCCCAGGUGCGCAGUGGGUGAUCCCAGGUAGGCCCUUCCCCGUCAGCUGGCACCACGUGUGAGCCUCUCACGGAAGCUCGGUUGGUGCGCAGGCUGGCGGGGCCCGUUCGCCGUCAUCUUCAACGUCGGCGAGCUCAUCUGCCCCGCCGUCGCGGGGGCUGGGCGGGCGCCCGAACCACGGCGCGCCGUGGCUUGCU